UCAACGUUUGCGUUACAUUUUUACGUGAUUCGUUACAUAAAAUUUAUCUUGUUGUAGUACUUGCACAAGUACUAUACUACUUCCAUACUUGUAACCACUAACUUCCAUUUCUAAUAGUUAUGGUUAAUCAAAGUAAAAAGCAACGAACCCAAUCCCCUGUAAAACUGGUGUCUAAUUUAACGUCCUUGAUUGCUACAUCAAGCAACACACCCCCAACAAACGGCUAUAGUGAGUCACAUAACUCACGUGUAUGCCGUAAGCGUCGAGCUGAAACUGAGGAUAAAACUGUACUGACAGCCAGUAUUAGCACUACUCCUAAAAAUUCGGUACCCUCUGCUCAUACAGAACUCCUCCCUUCACCUUAUGUGCUUAUGGAGAAACUCCAGCCAUCAAGCUCUUUUUCAGUACUAUCUUCAGAAAUAGAACUUCUAAAGUUGUCUAUAGGAGAACUUAAGGCUGAGUUAAGGGAAAUAAAAAACAGCAAGUCAGUAAAUGCUGGAAACAUCGAAACCA